AUGAUCAACGAUGAUUCCAAACCGUGGACGCCAGUCUGCGUAGCAUCGACGGAGCCCCAACUUGAAACAGGGCCGUUCCCAAACUCUUCGCCGCCGUUUUUGCGCAGUAUCUCUGCCUCAAUCAAAAGCGAACCUGAAGAUGAUUACAAGGCAGCUAGUCUGGAUCCUGCUUGCAACUUCUACAAGAGCGCAGAAUGGCCACCAGAUCUACUAGAGAACAAACAAGUCCACCAAUUAUCACCAUAUUCAACUCUACCAUCAGCAGAACCAACCUACUCAACAGCUAUCUACCCAUUUUACAACCUCUCGGAUCCAUCAACAACUCUAUUUCUAUCUUCAGUCCGAGACCACCCAAUCCGCCUCUCAUCAGCCCUAGCUCCAACAAACAUGGCAAGCUAUUCAUUGGUAAACCCAAUGACAGAGGCCUACAUAACCCCACACUCAAUGAUAUACCCGUCUGUCCUAGGCGGAACACACUUCCUCACAGGCUCAGACAGUCUCAUCUCCCUCUUCGACAUAUCGAGAUCAGGCAACGAAGGCCCUAUUUCAUCAAUCCCAACAAUCCCCAGUAAGCGCAAGCAAAUCGUCGGCGGCGGCAUCGGUAUGAAGGGCAUUGUGUCAGCGCUGGCAGUCAAUCCCAGUGGAGAUGGAGUUCUCGCUGCUGGCACAUUUACCAGAAACAUUGGGCUUUACAGCUCGAAUGGCUCUGGGGAAUCAUUGGGGACGUUCAGCAUUGCCAAAACAGAAGCGAAUCGCGAUAUCGGUGGUCGAGGCGUCACCCAGCUUGUUUGGAGUCCUUGUGGCAGGUAUCUAUAUAUCGCUGAGCGCAAGAGUGACGGUGUGCUGGUUUAUGAUAUUCGUGUCCUUGGCCAGAUGCUUGGUCACCUGCGCGGACGGAAGGCUUUCACUAAUCAGCGCAUGAGGAUUGAUGUUGUCCCCUCUGGUCCCGAUGGUUCUCAUGAAGUCUGGGCUGGGGGGACAGAUGGGUUUAUGAGGGUUUGGAGGGAUCCUAUUUUCUCGGCUGGGGGAAAGGAUCCUGAUUGGCAGUUCAGGGUACAUGAGGAUGCUGUGACCAGCACCGUUCUUCACCCUAUGGGCAAUGUUGUUGCGACAUGCUCUGGGCAACGACAUUAUGAUCACGAUUAUUGCUCUGCUGACGAGGAUAGUCCGGUGACGAAUGCUCGGAACGUUGAUAAUAGCCUCAAGGUUUGGUCUAUGCCAUUCCUAAACUCAGAGUCUGACGUCGAUCAUGAGUUGGAUGACAGGGAGUACUCUGAGAGAGAAUCUAGUCAUCAAGACGAAAGUCGCUUCUAA